GCCGGCUAGGCGGGACCGCGUCCCUUCGCAGCGUCUGUCUGCUGCAGCCCGCUGCGGGGAUGUGCCAUUGCCAUGGCGAGGAGGCUCUUCGCGGGGGCCUGGCUCAGGAAGCCCUACUACGGCCAGGUUCGCUUCUCUUAUAUGCGGAUGAAGUAUCUCUUCUUCUCUUGGUUAGGAGUAUUUAUUGGCAGCUGGAUUAUUUAUGUUCAGUACUCAUCUUACACAGAACUUUGCAGAGGACACGACUGCAAGAAAAUAAUAUGUGAUAAGUACAAGACUGGAGUUAUUGAUGGAUCAGCAUGCAGUAGCCUAUGUACAAGACAAACACUUUAUUUUGGAAAAUGUUUGUCAACCAAACCCAACAAUCAGAUGUAUUUAGGAGCCUGGGCUAAUCUACAAGGUGUUAUAAAAUGCCAGAUGGAUGAAAAUACUCCUAUUGAUCUCAGAACUGAACUAGAACCAAGGAAAGAAACUAUUCUGUUUGAUAAACCAACAAGAGGAACUACUGUUCAGAAAUUCAAGGAGAUGGUCUAUGGGCUUUUUAAAGCAAAACUAGGUGAGCAGGGAAAUCUUCCUGAACUGGUUAAUCUCAUCUUGUCUGUUGCUGAUGGGAAUAAAGAUGGUCGAGUUUCCUUGCCAGAAGCGAAAUCAGCAUGGGCCCUUCUCCAACUAAAUGAAUUCCUGCUCAUGGUAAUUCUCCAGGAUAAAGAACAUACUCCCAAAUUGUUGGGCUUUUGUGGGGAUCUUUAUGUGAUGGAAAAAGUCGAAUAUACCUCUCUUUUUGGAAUAAGCCUUCCAUGGAUCGUAGAACUUUUCAUUCCCUCUGGUUUCAGAAGAAACAUAGAUCAGUGGUUUACUCCAUCAUGGCCUAGAAAGGCAAAAAUAGCCAUAGGGCUUCUAGAAUUUGUGGAAGACAUUUUCCAUGGACCAUACGGAAAUUUUCUUAUGUGUGAUACGAGUGCCAAAAACCUGGGUUACAAUGAUAAAUAUGACUUAAAAAUGGUGGAUAUGAGAAAAAUCGUGCCAGAAAUGAACUUGAAAGAACUAAUUAAAGAUCGUCACUGUGAGUCUGACCUGGAUUGUGUAUACGGAUCAGACUGUAGAACUGUAUGUGACCAAAGUAGAAUGAAAUGUACCACAGAAAUAAUUCAGCCAAACUUAGCAAAGGUGUGCCAGUUGCUUAAAGACUACCUGCUUCGUGGGGCUCCUCUGGAAAUACAUGAGGAAUUAGAGAAACAACUGUACUCAUGCAUUGCUCUGAAAGUUUCAGCAAACCAGAUGGAGAUGGAACAUUCCUUAAUACUGAACAACCUGAAAACCCUACUGUGGAAGAAAAUAUCUCAUACUAAUGAUUCGUAGUUUCUUUGUCUCAGAAGAAAACACAGUUGCUGCUGUAGGAGCUGACCACUUUUUCUCCAACAUAGCUUCAACAUAUUAAAAAUAUUCUUUAUUUAGCCUCAUCUCUUUCAUCAGUGCUCCUUCAAACACUGCCACUACAGUGAUUUUUUUUUCCAGUUGGAAAAUGAUGUAUGUUCUCUAAGUAUCUGCCUGGCAGAGACUACUGAAGCCAUAUGGCUAUAACACUCCCAUUUGGGAAACAAUACAGGUUCCAUGUUCUCCUCCUGCCCUUAGUCAAAUUAAGAUAUUUUAAGAAGGGCAUUCUCUUGAUAGUAUUCGCUGUAUUUCCACAGAGACUAACUUAACUUUUUGAGCCAAACUUUCGUGUUCUGAAAAAGCACUUUGAACAGUCCUAGGAGGUCUGUUCUAUUUCAGAAUGCAAUUGUGAGAUCACAUUUGAUUUGUUUAUUCACCUCAAAAACUCACUGCAUGUAGAAAAUCUAGCAUUUCAAAGAAAGGAACCUAUUCUCCCUGAUAUGUUAGGUUUUUGAAGCCAGGGAGUUUUUGAAGUAUAAGAGUACUGAAAUGAGAAUCCCACCUGCAAUCUUAAGUAAUGCCUUGAAGUAAACUUUAACCGUGCUAUAAGAAGUUACCUUCUCCUCCCCCCCCUCAUUUCUACGCCUUUCUCUUCCUCUACUCUUGCCACACCUCAAAAAAAUUACAAAUUGGGGUGUCGUGCUUUUUUUAAAAAAAUUGGAAAUCAGUUUUUUUAAUUAAAGAACUUUACAAGCGUUAUUCUGAAGAUCCACCACUACUAGAAAUUAACGUGGUAGAAUGAAUCCAAGCUACUAUUUAUAAAUAAAAUGAAUAUUUUUGAGGUUAUUUACUAAUUUUAGCAUGGCAGAAUUUGCACAUUAGUGAUUUUUCAGAAAGAAAAUUAGUGUGACAAUUAAAAUAUUUUCAAACUGGAAGUUUUUGGAACCAGAACUUUUUUGUUAGAUUUUUACAUUUGUAUACACAUUUACCUCAUGCGUACAUUGAAUGUUACAAAGUUUGCUGAAAAUUCCUAGUUAAAAGUAGAUAUUGCUCCAUGCUAUCCGUUGAGGAUUUAAACAGAGCAUGUUACACAUACAUACAUACUGUACUAGCAAUAUUUAAAGACACUAAAGUAAACUGAUAAAUUACAGUCGUCAUCUGAGUCAUAAUGAAAGCAAAUUUAUAACAAAGAAUUAAGUAUUACAUAAUAUGAAAGCAAGAAAUUGGAGGGCACUUAAACUGACUUUAAUACAGGUGAAAUCCAUAACUUUAAUGCAAUUAAUAACCCAAAGACAGUAGUCUCUUUAUGGUAAAACAUUUUAAACCAUAAGACAUAAUCUGGCCAAAGGUAUCCACAUCCAACAGUCCAAUUCCCAGCACGUUCGUUCUGAAGUAAUUUUAUUCCAGUUCAAUGGGAAUGACUCCCAAGUAAAUGUGGGUGUAGAAAUACAGGCUGUGUCUUGUUGAAUGUGGUUAAGCGUUGAUGUUGAUAUUAAAGGGAAAAUAUGCUUAAUAU